AGGGGAAAGGGAAAGUGGGGUGUGUGAUGGGAUUGUGCAGUCUGCCGCCCGGGGUGCAGAACUUCCCGGGGCCGUGGGAGGUGGGUUUCCGAAGUAAGUUAGAUUAAAUGUAACUGCAUGUGUUUGUCGCCUAUUAUGAUGUGGGAUGAUUUUGUGACUGGGAAGCGCUGUAUGACCACGUCUGCUUGGGUGUGGAAGAUCUGAUGAUCUGGACAGUGGCUGCUAAGCCUGCCGCCAAAGCUGUAACUCACUAGCAGUUUAGCAAAUAAAAUAGAGGUAUAAAUAUUGGAAAGGAAGAGGUAAGGUUUUCAUAAUUCCCACGUGGUAAGAAGAUUCAUUACAGGACAACACCAUAAACCAAAACCAAGCAUUGAGAGAAAUAGUGUUCCCAGGUAGUAUGCAGGAAUAAUGUUUGGGUAAACAUGACCUAGGCAUAACUAGUGUUUUCUACACUGCUGUAUGAUUGAAAUUUCCUGUUCCUGGAUAACAACACCGGCAAGGUCAGCACCUUCUUCAGGCAUUCUAAGAUAAUAAAAGUGUUUGGAACACUUUUAAUCACUAGGCCAGCCUCACUUUCACAGUUAAAUAGUUAUUUUGUUCAUAUAUUCAUUGGAGCAGUCAAUGGCUACAAGUGAAAGAAAUUACAAAAAAAGAAAAAAUAUUAUCCUGUCUGCCUAGAAGUCUACAGAGUGGAAAUAUCUUUUUUUCUAUUUGCAUAUAGGGACUACUAAAAAGUGUCACUCAAUAAUUAAUACUUACCUAUUAAUUAAUUUCAGUAAUUAGCUUUAUUAAGUAAUGUGAUACAGGUAAGUCAGUAAAAAGAUGAAGUAAUGAAAUUAAAAAGAAAGUCCAGAUAUUCUUAAGCAUCUAGGAACAUGUUAUAUAGAGAUAGCAUUUCAUAUCAAUGGAGGAUAUCCUCAUAUCAAUGUGAGGAUUACAUUUCCAUAAAUAUGUAGUAUUGCUAAAAACAAAAACAUACGGGGAAAAAAAAACUUCACAAGCAAAACAUGAACAACUUUACUACAUUAAAAAAAAAAAAAGGAAGACAACAUUAACCAAUUAGGAAAUAAAAAUUCAAAAAAGAGGAGAUGCCUUCCCAGAAAAGAAACAAAAAUUACUUCAAAUUUACUAAAAGGAGCUUAUUCUCAUAAUAAGCAAAGUGUUCAUCAGAACUACAAUACAAUCUGAUAGCAGAGCUUAAAAAGUUACUGUUGACUGCAUAUGCCAGGUGUGGGAGGUAUUCUGCGCAUUGAUAACAGGAUAAACUGCUAGGAAGUGACAGUCUGGAAAAAUGCAAUAGGCCUGUCCUCCAUGGGAGAUGGAAGGCACAAUGUGCCUCCUCUGCACGCUGCUACGGAUUUCCCAGAAUCCAUCCUACUUCACUAACAGACUUGGUUUGUGCAGCUGAUGAGGGAGCAGUUUGUCUGUUUUAUCACCAAUUUGCAUUCAGUGGGGUACACAGUGGGCAAGCGUUGAAAGUGGUAACUCAUGCAGACUUAACUGAGCUAUUCUAGGAGAUCUCAAACUGGAUUCACAUGGCACCUUUCCCUCUCUGCCCUCUCAGGAUUUUUUCCUUUUUCAAAAGAAGAGCUCUAAACAGGAAGUUCACCUCUUGCAGAUCUCAAAGCCAUGCCUCAGGGAGCAGUGUCAUUCAAGGAUGUGACUGUGGACUUCACCCAAGAGGAGUGGCAGCACCUGGACCCUGCUCAGAAGGCCCUCUACAGGGACGUCAUGUUAGAAAACUAUUGCCACCUCAUCUCUGUGGGGUUUCAUAUGGCUAAACCUGAUAUGAUCCGCAAGUUGGAACAGGGAGAAGAACUGUGGACACCAGAGAGAAUAUUUCCAAGUCAGCUCUACCUAGAAGAAGAUGGAGACACUGAAGAUGUUUUAGUGAAAUUCAAAGAAUACCAAGACAGGCAUUCGGGAUCAGUUGUAUUCAUUAACCACAAAAGACUAAGUAAGGAGAGAAGUAAUAUUUUGGGGAAAGCAUUAGCCAUAGGCAACAACCAUAUUAUAUCAAAAGCAACACUAUGUGAGUAUAAACCUGAUGGAAAGGUUUUAAAAAAUAUUUCAGAAUUAGUCAUUAGAAAUAUCAGUCCCGUAAGAGAGAAGUUUGGUGAGUGUAAUGGAUGGGAGAAAUCACUCCUCAAUACCAAGCAUGAGAAAAUUCAGCCUGCAGGAAAUCUCUGUAAACAAACAGAAAGGAGUCACAACGGGGAAGAAAUUAACCAGCAUCAGAAAUUUCAAGCUCCAGAACAAUCAUUUGAACAUAUUGACUGUGGAAAAUCCUUCCUGAUGAAGGGAAUGUUAUUUACACACACAAGAGCACUUAGAGGAGAAAGACCUUUUGAAUGCAAUAAAGAUGGAAUAGCUUUCAUAGAAAAGUCAAAUCUAAGUGUUCAUCCACAAAACCUUAUGGAAAAGAAGCCCCAUGCUUACAACAAAUAUGAAAAGUUCCUCUGCAGGAAGUCCAUGUUUAUUAUGCAACAGCCAUCUCCAACAGAAGAGAAACCUUUUCAGUGUCCUUACUGUGGGAAUAGCUUUAGGAGGAAGUCGUAUCUUGUUGAACAUCAGCGAAUUCACACAGGCGAGAAACCUUAUGUCUGCAGUCAAUGUGGGAAGGCUUUCCGUCAAAAGACAGCACUUACUCUUCAUGAGAAAACUCAUAUAGAGGGGAAACCCUACAUUUGUCUGGAUUGUGGAAAGUCCUUCCGCCAAAAGGCAACCCUCACUAGACAUCACAAAACACAUACCGGGGAGAAAGCCUAUGAAUGUGCUCAGUGUGGAAGUGCUUUUAGAAAGAAGUCAUACCUCAUUGAUCAUCAGAGAACUCACACGGGGGAGAAACCGUAUCAAUGUAAUGAAUGUGGGAAGGCAUUUAUUCAGAAGACAACCCUCACAGUACAUCAGAGAACUCACACAGGAGAGAAACCUUACAUUUGUAAUGAAUGUGGGAAAUCCUUCUGCCAAAAGACAACCCUCACUCUCCAUCAAAGAAUUCAUACAGGAGAAAAGCCCUAUAUUUGUAACGAAUGUGGGAAGUCCUUCCGCCAGAAGGCAAUCCUCACAGUCCAUCAGAGAAUACAUACAGGAGAGAAAUCCAAUGGAUGCCCUCAGUGUGGGAAAGCCUUCAGUAGGAAGUCAAAUCUCAUUCGUCAUCAGAAAACUCACACUGGAGAGAAACCCUAUGAAUGUAAAGAAUGUGGGAAGUUCUUCAGCUGUAAGUCAAAUGUCAUUGUCCAUCAGAAAACUCACAAGGUAGAAACCAUGAUAAUUCAGUAAAGGAUGUGACUUUUUUGGUAAAAACUUUUCAAGUCAUGGUAAACCCUGUAUAUGAUAUUGAUUAUAAGUGUAACAGUAGUCAGCAGCUUCAAGUAUGAUAUCACAUAUUUACCCACUGUUUGCUAGCCUAUAAAACACACACGGGGAAUUACUAGACAAACGACAUGACAAAAGUCAUUGGAAAAACAAGCCUAGAUUACAAUUAUUAAAGUCAACAGACGUCAACUUCCUAUGUCAGGUUGUUACACACAUGUAAAAGUGCUUAUUUUCAAUUUCAGUACAUACUUGUAAACCCAUAAUAAACAGCUUGCUGGCAUGGUCCAAGGGCCACACUGUGAGCAGAAGUGCUUUAAAACAAAAAGGAGGUGUGAAUUAUAUUUCUCGUUACAAAUAUAGAAUACAAAUUAGUUGCUCCCUCCUCAAAGUUAACCACAGCUUUGAAUUCUAACAUUAUGAAUUAGUUUUUGCAUAUUAUAAAUCUUCAUAUAAAUUGGAUUAUAUAUCAAGUAUUCUUUCCUAUAUGGCUUGUUUCAUUAAUCAUGUCUAAAGCUCAUCAUUAGUGCAUGUGGCAGAAGUUCAUGUAUUUCAGUCUGUAUAGAAUUCUAUUAUAUCACAAUUUAUCCAGUCUACUUUUGAUGGACCUGUUCAUUGUUUACAGCUUUGGGUCAGAAUAAAUAAUGCUCCUAUGACCACAUUUGUCUUCUGGUAUCAUAUGCUCACCGCCUUUGUGUCUAUAUUAAGGAGUAGAAUUGCUGGAUCCUGGAUAUAUGUAUGCUCAGUCAGCUUUGGUAAAACGCAGAACAGUCACAGCAUAGAAUAAUUCACCCUGAAGGGAAACAACCCAACAUCAUCAAUACUGUGAUGACUCAACCAGAAAUUUCAUGCAAGAGGGAAAUUCUGUAAAUUAUGUUGAGGAAAAUGGGUGUGCAAAUAUCUGGCUACAACCCAAAUCUUAAUCGUUAAUGCCAGACUUUUAUUUCAAAUAAAAAAGGGAGAGUAUCAAGCCCUUCCUUGUUCAAUAUAUUAGAGAAUUCUAACAAGAGAAAUACACUGUGAGUACAAUGAUGGGGAUAACCUUUAUUCAUGGCCUAUAUUAUAGCAGAGUGAUGAAUAUGGAAAAGCAUAUAGACAUAGCUCAAAUCUUAUGCAACACCAGAGAAUUCAUAUUGGCUAAGAACUCUUUAUAUGAAAGGAUUGUAAAAUUAACUAGGCAUGGGCCUCCCUGGUGUCAGAGGAGUUAAACACAGUGCUAUCAAGGUAUAGCCAGCCACUGCAGCCUGAGUUCUAUCCCCAGCUGGCCAGGGAGCAACCUCUCCUGCCACGCCCACUGCUCCCCUCAGCAGUGUAUUUCAGUAAAUCUGCCUGUUCUGCUCCCCACUCUGUCUCUAGUAAUCCUCUUACACCCCCACACCUCUGGCCUACACCCCAGCUCUUGUAUACAUAAAUAAAUAAAAUAAUCUUUAAAAAAUAAAGGUAUGAAUGUUUGGAUUCCAGAGUCAAUGAGCAAAAGUGUGGUUAUUGCGAGAUGACUGGACAUGAAUAAAAACUGGCCCUGAGAUAA